AUGUCGAAAUGUCAGCUCCCUGCGAGAAGCAGUCACCAGCUGCGUCUUGCCAACUGCCCAGUCGAUGAGAACGGAGUCCGUAGGAACUUUUUUUCAGAUCGUACCGAUCCUAUAAAAACAUCUAUCUAUCUAUCUAUCUAUCUAUCUAUCUAUCUAUCUAAGUCUAUUCAUAUCUAUCUCAGUCUAUUCAUAUCUAUCUACCUAUCUGUCUGUCUCAGUCUAUUCAGAUCUAUGUCAAUCUAUCUAUCUAUCUAUGUCUAUUCAUAUCUAUCUCACUAUCUAUCUAUCUAUCUAUCUAUCUAUCUAUAUAAUCUAUUCAUAUCUAUGUCAAUCAAUCUAUCUAUCUAUCUAUCUAUCUAUCUAUCUAUCUAUCUAUCUAUCUAUCUAAGUCUAUUCAUAUCUAUCUCAAUCUAUUCAUAUCUAUCUCAGUCUAUUCAUAUCUAUCUAUCUGUCUGUCUGUCUGUCUGUCUUAGUCUAUUCAUAGCUCUUUAUCUAUCUAUCUAUCUAUCUAUCUGUCUGUCUAGGUCUAUUCAUAUCUAUCUAUCUAUCUAUCUAUCUAUCUAUCUAUUCAUAUUUCAAUCUAUUCAUAUCUAUCUCAAUAUAUCUAUUUCCUGGAAUUAUAUUAUUUACUGCAUUUUUUUACUGUCUUUUACUGCCUAUCUAUCUAUCUAUCUAUCUAUCUAUCAACCUACACCCUUCUUUUUUUCCCUCUCUCUUCUGUCAUUCUUAUUUUUACUCACUCUCACCGUCUCUCUCUCUCUCUCUCUUUCUUCCCCUUUCACUCAAUUGCUGCUCGUAACCCACUAUUUUCCUUUUACACAUUAUUUGUUCUUUCUCCCAAGCAUCGUCCACAAUUGCCGGAACACCCCCGCCAUUACUUGUACACAUAAAUCCGAGGGCAGUGCUUAA